GCCUGCUUACUGAUUUACUUCAUUUGUUGUGGAUCACAGUGUCUGUUGCAAUCUCAACCAUGAAUCAGCUUUGAUUGAUCACAGUUUGCUGUUCAACAACUAGACAGAAGGUACAGGCUUAACCACCGCUAUGCUAUACCUUGAUGGUUUUAAUUUCGGACUUGAAGAAACAUGCCCACCUCAUAAACAUCCUCUCACAUCCACCCAUCACAUGGCUUUGCCUCCAUGGAAGGCGACUGUUCACGGAUUUGUUAACAUAUAAUAGCCGCUUCCUUUGCCUUCUAUCCAUCACAAAACAAGCAUUCAGCAUUCAGCUUUCUUCCCCUACUUGACUCCUCUUAAGUUUUUGUGCUUAACAAACAAAAUGAUCAGUGCAAAGAAGCUCGUUAAACUGGCAAAGAAAUGGCAGAAGCUGGCUGCUCUGAGGCGUAAGAGAAUCACAUUGCCACAAAUGGAGACAAGCAGUUGUAGCGCAUCAGAAAUGGCUGAUAAGGGACAUUUUGUUGUGUACUCGGCUGAUCAUAAACGCUUUUUGCUUCCUCUGAGUUAUCUUAACAAUGAGAUUGUCAGAGAGCUGCUCAAACUGGCAGAAGAGGAGUUUGGACUGCCUAGCGAUGGGCCUCUCACGUUGCCCUGCGAUGCAGAGCUUAUAGAAUAUGCAGUUGCUUUAAUCAAACAGAGAGUCACAAGAGAUGUAGAGAAGGCAUUGUUGGUGUCCAUAGCCAGCAGUCGCUGCUCAUUGUCUUCUGAUGUCCAUCAUCAAGUAACAGACCAUCAAUUACCAGUCUGCAGCUUCUGACGAGCAGAGUUAGAUUUGUAAAGAAUGCAAACAACUAGAUAAAUUUUGUAGAAUAUUUUCAUUAUCAAUGAUACAAAUUUAGUGAAUUCACCAGAAAUUCUGGUUUAA